UGACUUUCCCAACAGAAGCUCCCUGACAUUAAACUUGUAAUCUCUUUAAUACAGCAAAAAAAACUCAUUCUCAACAAUCGGUUUCCAGCAGAACGGAAUCUGAAGAGGAUAGAGAAAUGGCUAAAGAACGAUGCUUUAAAUCUUGGACUUUAUUCUUUCUGGUUGGAAUAUUCUUGACAGAUUUUGUAUGUGGAUCUGUGGGGUUUUACCCAAGGUUUGCCCCAUUUUUUUUCCUUUGUACCCACCAUGGAGAACUGGAGGGCGAUGGAGAACAGGGAGAGGUGUUGAUGUCACUUCAUAUUGUGGGAAAUCCAGAAUAUUAUGUGCCUGGUCAAGAAUAUCAUGUGACUAUUUCCACGAGCACAUACUUUGAUGGCUUACUGGUCACAGGUCUCUAUACAUCAACAAGCAUCCAAACCCCACAUAGUGUCAGUGGACCUGGCUCAUUUGGCCUUGGUUUCAUGUCUGAUCAACCUUUUGGAUCCCAAUUCAUGUGCAGUGUUGUAGCAUCUCAUGUCAGUCACCUUCCACAGACAAAUCUGAGUUUUGUCUGGAUCGCUCCACCAGCAGGAACAGGCUGCGUGAAUUUUAUGGCCACGGCUACUCAAAGAGGUCAGAUCAUAUUCAAGGAUGCCCUGGUUCAACAGCUGUGUGAACGAGGAGCUCCCACUGAAUCACCCCUACGACCUAAGCUGGCUGAAAUCCAUAGUGCCAGUGUGAUUCUGCGGGAUGACUUUGAUUCAUAUCCACAACUGGAACUGAAUCCAGACAUCUGGUUUGAAUGCAGCCACUGUGUGAUAGGGAAUCAGUGUGGUAUCAUUAUGCAUGGCAAUGCGAUUACAUUCUGCGAGCCAUAUGGCCCACGAGAACUGACCACUGUUAUGCUUAAUACAACCACAGCAUCUGUUCUUCAGUUCUCCAUUGGAUCUGGUACAUGUCGCUUUAGCUAUACUGAUCCUGGUAUCAUCGUCUCCUACAGCAAGAACACCUCAGCUGAUUGGAUUAUUCUGGAGAAAAUUAGGGCUCCAUCUAACAUCAGCACCGUUAUCCACAUAAUCUAUCUUCCUCAAGAUGCGAAAGGUGAAAACAUCAAAUUUAAAUGGAAGCAAGAGCAGCUCCAUGGAAGUGAUGUCUAUGAGGCUUGUUGGGCCCUGGAUAACAUACUGAUCAUCAAUGCUGCACACAAACAGAUGCUUCUGGAAGAUAAUCUAGACCCAGUCGACACAGGCCACUGGCUUUUCUUUCCUGGAGCCACAGUAAAGCAUAGCUGUCAAUCUGAUGGUAACUCCAUGUAUUUCCAUGGGACUGAGGGCACUGAUUUUAACUUUGUAACAACCAGGGAUGUUGAUCUUUGGACUGAAGGCAGUGUAACACAGUGGGUGGAAGAGUUUGAAAGUCAGCCUGCAGGCUGGGAAAUAUCAGGAGCUGUCAUUGGCACUGAGUGCAAUGUCGUGGAGUCAGGCUCGUCUCUUGUGUUCCUCAAAGAUGGAGACAGAAGUAUUUGCACGCCGUAUCUGGAUACAACUAAUGAUGGAAAUCUUAGAUUUUAUUUCAGCAUGGCAAUGUUCAUACAGAAUGAAUGCCUAAUACAAAACCCUAAAAAGGAAUGUUUUCCCAGCAUGCCCAGUUGCCAGGAAUUCACCUCUGCCAGUGUUUAUCAUUCCUCAGAGUUCCCGCAGUGGAAAAGAGUAACUGUGUCCCUUCAACAAAAAACAUGGUCAAGUGCUACACGUUUUCGCUGGAGCCAGAGUUACUAUAUGGUUCAGGAUGAAUGGGCAUUGGAUGACAUUUAUAUUGGUCAACAAUGUCCUGAAAUGUGUAAUGGUCAUGGCUGGUGUCAUAACGGUCUCUGCAAAUGUGAUCCAGGCUAUCAUGGAUCUGCCUGUAAGCCAGAGGCUAUGUUACCUUCAACUGUGACGUGUGACUUUGAGAAUGAGGCUGUGAUAAAGAAUGAUUGGCAGGUAGUUAUUGGUGGGCAAAUCGUCAAACCGGAGCAAGGAUGUGGAGUCAUUUCCUCAGGUUCAUCACUCUACUUCUCAGAGAACGGGAAGAGACAGCUGGUCAGCUGGGACUUGGACACACAAUGGGUGGACUUUAUCCAGUUCUACAUUCGAAUUGGAGGGAACACAGGCUCCUGUAACACACCAGACAGCAGAGAGGAAAGUGUUUUAUUGCAGUACAGCAACAACGGUGGUAUAACCUGGCACCUGCUUUCAGAAAUGUAUUUUUCAGACUACAGUCAACCCAGAUUUGUUUAUUUUGAACUUCCGGCUUCUGCUAAGACUGCUUGCACACAGUUCCGUUGGUGGCAGCCCAUUCAUUCUGGUGAGGGAUAUGACCAGUGGGCUAUUGAUGACAUUAUUAUUUUAUCAGAACGACAGAAACAGAUUAUCCCUGUCAUUCAACCAACUAUACAGCAGGAUUACACACCUUCCUAUGAUAUCCCGCUGAGUCAGCUGAGCAUUUGGCUGAUGCUAGCUAAUGAGGGAAUGGGUAGCAACGAGACUUUCUGUUCUAUGACCCCCUCAGCCAUGGUGUUUGGGAAAUCGGAUGGCGAUCGGGUUGCUGUGACACGGGACCUGACUCUCAAACCUGGAUAUUUACUUCAGUUCAAGUUGAACAUCGGAUGUGAGUGUCAGUUCAGUAGCACUGCUCCUGUCCUCCUUCAAUACUCUCAUAAUGCUGGCAGAUCUUGGUCAUUGGUAAAAGAAGGUUGCUACCCAGCAUCUCCUGGGGUCAAAGGCUGUGAGGGAAGCUCAAGAGAACUGAGAGAAUCAACAAUUUUCUACACAGGAGAUUUUGAAACAUGGACAAGAGUCACAAUAGUUAUCCCGAGAUCUGUCACAUCCAGUAAGACUCGAUUCCGCUGGUUUCAGGAGACCAGUGUCCACAAGAAUGCACCUGCAUUUGGUUUAGAUGAAGUUUACAUCUCCGAACCCUGUUCUAACUAUUGCAGUGGGCAUGGUGACUGCAUCUCGGGUGUCUGCUUCUGUGAUGUCGGCUAUAUCGUUGAAGAGGGAACUUGUGUGCCGAAUACAUCAAACCCCAGUGAAAUGACUGAUCGCUUUGAGGAUAAGCUCAAUCCUCUCUGGUUCAAGGUUACAGGAGGACAGACUGGCAUAGGCUGCGGGAUACUGAAUGAUGGGAAAUCCCUCUACUUCAAUGGCCCUGGGGGAAGAGAGGCCAGAACUGUCAGUCUUGACACAACAAACAUCAGGUUGGUUCAAUUUUAUAUCCGAAUUGGAAGCAAAACCCUUGGUUCAUCUUGCAGCAAACCAAGAGCUAGAAAUGAAGGAAUUGUGGUGCAGUACACCAAUGACAAUGGAAUAACCUGGCAUGUUUUGCGUGAACUGGACUACAUGUCUUUUCUGCAACCUCAAAUAAUAACAAUUGAACUAUUCCCAGAAGCCAAAACCACAUCUACAGCAUUUCGCUGGUGGCAGCCACAACAUGGAAAACUCAGUGCACAGUGGGCGUUAGAUGAUGUCCUGAUUGGAAUGAAUGAUAGCUCCCUUACUGAUUUUCAAGAUACAUUUGAUGAUUCUUCCAACCUGCAAUCCAACUGGUAUCGCAUUCAGGGGGGCAAGACAGAUAUGUAUUGCCUCUCAAAGGACACAGCACUGGUUUUUAAUGCUAAUAUAGGCAAACCCAGGUUUGCAGAAACUUGGGAUUUCCAUGUUACUGCCUCCACAUUCUUGCAGUUUGAGCUCAAUCUAGGCUGUGGAAAUCAGUCGCCAGAUUCCAGUGGCAUUCAGCUGCAGUACUCCCUCAACACAGGCAAAGACUGGCACCUAGUCACAGAGGAGUGUGUUCCUCCCAGCAUUGGCUGUCUGCACUACACAGAAAGCUCAACCUACACCUCACAGAGGUUCCAGAACUGGAAGCGUGUCACUGUCUACUUAUCUCCAGGAACCAUUUCCCCAAGGACCCGAUUCAGAUGGAUUCAAACAGAAUACUCUUCUGGAACUGCAAACUGGGCUAUUGAUAAUGUGAUCCUUGCCUCAGCGUGCCCCUGGAUGUGUUCUGGUCAUGGGAUUUGUGACAUGGGUCAUUGUGUAUGUGACAGUGGCUUUGGAGGACGUAACUGUGUGCCCUUUCUUCCAUUGCCAUCAAUUCUCAAAGACGACUUUAAUGAGAAACUACACCCUGAUAUUUGGCCUGAGGUUCUUGGAGCAGAGCGAGGGAACUUGGAUGGGGAGAUCAUCAAAUCUGGAACAGCAUUGGUCUUUAAAGGGGAGGGAUUGAGGAUGUUGGUUUCCAGGGACCUCGAGUGCAUAAACACUUUGUACAUUCAAUUCUCAUUCAAGUUCUUAGCUAAAGGUGUCCCUGAUCGGUCACAUUCUGUACUGCUGCAGUAUUCCAUCAAUGGUGGCAUAACCUGGCAUUUGAUGGAUGAAUUCUACUUCCCUCAGACAACAGCGAUCCUCUUUAUUAACGUUCCUUUACCACACACAGCCCAGACCAAUGCAACUCGAUUCCGCCUCUGGCAGCCCCACAAUGAAGGGAAAAAGGAAGAAAUCUGGAUCAUCGAUGACCUCAUUAUUGAUGGGAAUAAUCAGAACAAUCCCGGCAUAUUGUUGGAUACAUUUGAUUACGGACCCAAAGAGGAGAACUGGUUCUUCUACCCUGGUGGAAACAUUGGCCUCUAUUGUCCCUAUGUAUCAAAAGGAGCCAGGGAGGAAGAUUCCGCCAUCGUCUUUGUGUCAAACGUAGUUGGGGAACAUUCCAUUACUACUCGCGAUCUGGAUGUCAAUGAGAAUACCAUUGUUCAGUUUGAGAUUAAUGUUGGAUGCAAUACAGAUAGUUCAGCCUUAGAUCCUAUUAGAUUGGAGUUCUCACGGGAUUUUGGAGCCACAUGGCACUUGCUUCUGCCACUCUGCUAUAGCAGCGGUCACAUCAGUGCACUCUGUUCUACUGAACUCCAUCCCAGCAGUACGUAUUAUGCUGGUACCACCCAGGGUUGGAAAAGAGAGGUAAUCCACUUUGGAAGGCUCCAUCUGUGUGGAUCUGUGAGAUUUCGAUGGUACCAAGGGUUCUACACGUCAGGCUCUCAACCAGUGACUUGGGCCAUCGAUAAUGUUUACAUUGGACCACAGUGUGAGGAGAUGUGCAAUGGACAUGGCAGCUGUGUCAGUGGAACCCAGUGCAUUUGCGACUCUAGGUAUUCUGGACCAAUCUGCAAAAUCAGCUCCAAAAACCCAGAUUUCUUGAAGGGAGACUUUAAAGGCCCAAUAGACCCAGAGAAAUUUCUAGUGGUCAGCGGUGGGAAGCCAUCCAGGAAAUGUGGCUUAAUGUCCAGUGGAAACAGCCUCUUCUUCAGUGAAGAGGGACUGCGUAUGCUGAUGACUGUGGAUAUGGAUUUGUCGCAUGCCAGGUUUGUCCAGUUUUUCCUAAGACUGGGUUGUGGGAAAGCAUCUCCAGACCCUAGGAGCCAACCUAUGCUUUUACAGUAUUCCUUGAAUGGGGGCCUCAGUUGGGGCGUUCUCCAGGAAUUUCUCUUCAGCAACUCGAGUAACAUGGGCCGAUACAUCGCCCUCGAGAUCCCACUGAAGGCUCGAUCCUCCUCCACCCGUCUGCGUUGGUGGCAGCCGUCUGAAGACGGGCAUUUUUACAGCCCCUGGGCCAUCGAUGAGAUUGUGAUUGGAGGAAGCAUUACUGGUAACACUGUGAUUGAAGAUAAUUUCAGCACAUUGGAUCACAGGAAGUGGCUGCUCCACCCAGGAGGGACAAAGAUGCCUGUCUGUGGCUCGAAUGGGGAUGCUUUGGUAUUCAUUGAGAAGGCUUACACCCGUUACGUUAUCUCUACUGAUGUGGUGGUGAAUGAGGAUUCCUUCUUGCAGUUUGAUUUUGCUGCUUCCUGCUCUGUUACAGACUCUUGUUACGCUGUGGAACUUGAGUAUUCAGUGGACCUAGGACUGAACUGGCAGCCUGUGCUGACAGAUUGUUUGCCAACUAAUGUGGAAUGUAACAAAUACCAUCUACGGAGGAUCCUGAUGUCUGACGUUUUCAACAAGUGGACGAGACUCACACUGCCAUUGCCGCCUUACACCAGGUCACAGGCUACCCGUUUCCGAUGGCAUCAGCCAGCACCGUUUGAGAAGCAGCAAACAUGGGCCAUAGACAAUCUUUACAUCGGGGACAGCUGUGUGGACAUGUGCACAGGCCAUGGAAGAUGCUCACGUGGUUCUUGCAUCUGUGAUGAGGACUGGAGUGGGGUCUACUGUGAUGAACCAAAGACAAGUCUGCCUCGACAGCUAAAAGACAACUUUAACAGAUCCCCCUCCAGCAGCAAUUGGCUGAUGGUAAAUGGAGGCAAACUCAGCACUGUCUGUGGAGUGGUCGCCUCUGGAAUGGCUCUUCACUUCAGUGGAGGUUGUAGUCGUCAGCUGGUGACAGUGGAUCUGGACCUCGAAGAUGCUGAGUUUAUCCAGUUCUACUUCAUGUAUGGCUGCCUCGUUCCUCCAAAUAACCGUAAUCAAGGAGUCUUCCUGGAUUAUUCUGUUAAUGGAGGCAUCACAUGGAACACCUUGAUGGAAAUCUUCUUUGAUCAGUACAACAAGCCUUCCUUUGUGAGCAUUCUUCUACCAGCUGAGGCCAAAGUAAUAGGCACUCGUUUCCGUUGGUGGCAGCCUACCCAUGAUGGCCAUGAACAAAGUGACUGGGCUAUUGACAAUGUAUUGAUAUCUGGCACAGCUGGUGAAAGAACCUUCAUGCUAGAUACAUUCAGCAGUAAUCCUGUCCCACCACAUGACCGAAGUCCUGCUGACAGCGGACCUGUUGGCAGGAUCAUCUUUGACCUAUUUGAAGAAAGACCCACAGAUUACAAACUAAACAAGUACUGGAUGUUCCAUGAUGAGUGCUCUGUGGAAAGAUUCUGUGACUCCCCUGAUGGAGUGAUGCUCUGUGGCAGUCAUGAUGGUCGGGAAGUUGAUGCAACAACACAUGACCUUACACCCAGUGAGCACUGGAUUGUGCACUUCAAGAUUUCAGUGGGCUGCAGAACUACAGAAAAGGUUGUUCAGAAUCAAGUUCAUGUUCAGUAUUCCACUGACUUUGGAGUUAACUGGCAUUAUCUGGUGCCACAAUGUCUGCCAGCUGACCCUCAGUGCUCUGGUGAUACCACACAACCAUCUGUGUUCUUCCCUGCCAAGGAAUGGAAAAGGGUCAUUUAUGCACUGCCAGAAAAUCUGCUGGGCCAUCCUGUCAGAUUCCGAUUCUAUCAGAAGUAUUCCGAUAUCCAGUGGGCGAUUGACAAUUUCUAUGUGGGGCCUGCUUGCCCAGAUAAUUGUGGAGGACAUGGAGACUGCCUGAAUAAACAGUGCUACUGUGACCCUGGCUUCACUGGGUCAAAUUGUUACUUGAGUCAGCCUCUAAAGACUUCAUUAAAGGAGCGUUUUGAGAGUGAUGCCAUGAAAUCAGACCUAUGGAUUUCUCUGGAAGGUGGGAAAGCAUGCACUGACUGUGGUGUCCUUGUGGAAGAUUUGCCCUUGUAUUUCAAUGGAGCAGGCAUGAGGCAGGCAAUAACUACAGACCUUGAUCUUCGGGGUACAAAAUUUGUGCAAUACUGGGCCAGAAUAGGCAGCGAGAAUAACAUGACCACUUGUCAUCAGCCAACUUGCAGAAAAGAAGGGGUUUUGUUGGACUACUCCACUGAUGGAGGAAUCACUUGGCAUCUGCUGCAUGAAAUGGAUUACCAGAAAUAUAUUUCUGUGCGCCAAGAUUAUGUCCUCCUCCCAGAGGAGGCACACACCAAUACAACUCGCCUGCGAUGGUGGCAGCCCUUUGUUGUUCUGAAAGGCCAGGUUGUAGCAAGCAAAGAGCGUGCUCAAUGGGCACUGGAUAACAUCCUGAUUGGAGGAUCUGAGAUCAACCCAAGUCAACUAAUGGAUUCUUUUGACGAUGAAGGUAUUAACCAUGAGGAAAACUGGAUUUUCUACCCUAAUGCUGUUCGUACAGCAGGUUUCUGUGGUAAUCCCUCUUUCCACCUUUAUUGGCCUAAUAAAAAGAAAGAUAAGACGCACAAUUUCCUAGCUUCACGGGAACUUAUUGUAGCACCAGGAUACAUACUGCAGUUCAGGAUUGUAGUUGGCUGCGAAGCAGAUUCUUGUGGCGAUCUCCAGCCUGUAUUGCUGGAAUACAGUAAGGAUCCAAGGAAAGACUCCUGGUCACUUGUGCAAACGGAGUGUCUUCCUUCAACAAGCAGCAAUGUUGGUUGUUCCCCAUUCCAGUUCCAUGAAGCUAGUGCUUACAGUUCCGUCAAUUGCUCUAGCUGGAACAGGGUCACAAUUCAACUACCUGAAUAUGUUGCAUCAAGUGCUACUCGGUUCCGAUGGAUUCAAAAGGAGGGCAUCACAGAAAAACAAAGCUGGGGAAUUGAUAAUGUGUACAUUGGAGAGGCCUGUACCAAGCUCUGCAGUGGACAUGGAUACUGUAGAACUGGAACAAUCUGUAUUUGUGAUGAGGGUUAUCAAGGCGAUGACUGUUCCGUUCCAACCAAUGACCUCCGCAGUUACAUCAAGGACAACUUUGAAUCACCACGUGUUACAGAAAUAAACUGGCAGGUGAUUCAGGGAGGAGCUAUUGGCAGUGGAUGUGGUCAGCUGGCUCCCUAUGCCCAUGGGGAGUCACUGUACUUCAAUGGCUGUCAGAUGAGACAGGCUGUAACCAAGCUUCUAGAUUUGACAAGGGCCAGCAAAAUCAUGUUUGUGCUGCAGAUUGGCAGCAUAACACAGACACGGCACUGCAAUGUUGACCUAACUGACCCUAACAUCGCAGACAAGGUCAUCCUGCUACAGUACAGUCUGAAUGGAGGAAUUGCAUGGCACGUUAUUGCUCAGCACCAACCAAAGGAUUUUGUACAUCCCCAAAGGAUAUCUUACAAUGUCCCCCUGGAGGCACGAAUUAAAGGUGUACAGCUACGGUGGUGGCAGCCACGUCAUAAUGGAACAGGCCAUGACCAGUGGGCUUUGGAUCACGUUGAAGUGGUCCUGACACGAAAACAGAACUACAUGAUGAACUUCUCAAGGCAACAUACGCUCAGGCAUUAUUAUAGUAGAAGACGAAGGUCCAUCAGACGAAACCUUUAAGAAUUACAUAUAUAUGUCUCUGUCAUUUCUCAUGACCCCAAUAAAUAAAGCACUGUUAGUCAGAAGAGGCCAACUUCAGAUAUAGGAAUAUAAUUGAAUAACUUAGAAAGAAGAUUACAAGUUACCACAUCUAUUACACACUGUGAAUUAAUGAAGUGACUUAUGUUCCAAAAUGUAUUGUUGUUUAUUCUUUAUGUGGCUGUGUAUUGUGUGAUGUGUUGCAAUGUCAGUUACUGUGACAGUAUUGUAAGUAAAUGUAAAAGCACAACUUACUUUGCAAUGUCUUUAUAGGCUAAUGCCACAAUAAUAUGAACAAUAUCACUGGUGCUCAUCACAUACAAAUGUAUAUUAAUAUGUUUAAUAUGAAAGAAUUGAUAGAUUAGAUAGAGAAUCAUUGAUUUCUCUAGUGAGGGAAACUAGAACAAAUGUACAUUAUUUUAAAAUUCAAACUGAGUCAGUUUCAAAUGAAUCAAGAAAAUGUUAUUUCAUGCACAAAAAAAUGUAACCAUGUGAAAUGCACAGAAAAGGUUUCAGGUCACCAGAGAUGCCAAAUCAACUGAAACGUUUAAAAGCAAAUUGGGUAUUUACUCGAGAAGUAAUGGUGUUAGGGAAUAUGGAAAAAUUGGUAUUGAAGAAACAGAGUUGUGGCUAAUAAAAUUUCAAAGCAAUGUUGAUAAGGUAAAUGGCCUAUUUAUCUGUGUAUAUUCUGAAAUGCCAAAUAAUAAUUGUCUUCUCUUUCCAUUAUUGGUAAAAGUUCACAAAAAUACAAAAAAAAUCUGUAUUUAAUUUCUUAUAUUGAAUGACUAUUAUAGAGUUUUGAGAUGCAGUCAGAUGGUGACUUUUGUGAAUCUUAAUGGUAUGCCAUUUAAAGCCUUCAACAACUAACUGCAUUGUAGCUAUAACACUAUUACAGUUUAAAUGUGCAUUUUUCUGGUUGAACACUAAUGUUUUGAUGUAAAUCGCCAUUUGUGUCUUUUUGCAGUAAUUACUUGUGAUGAUGUUUAUUCAGUAUGCUAGCUUGUUGUUAACUGUGCUUUAUUUUGAAUUUGUUUCUACUGAUUUAAAGCUGGGUCACGUUUGUAACUUUUUAAGUAUGAAUGUUGUACUUAGCCAGUAUUGCUAUACUGCAAUGUAUUGUUAACUAAAACUAGAUAGAGUGAGUUAAUAUAUCACAAUGUUAUUUACUGAGAUAGAUCCAAACUUACUUUCAAUAAAG